UUUGGACACUUCGCUAUCCAUCUUCACGCUCAACAGCCGCACACAGCCAAGAUGACCAAGCGCACCAAGAAGGUCGGUAUCACCGGCAAGUACGGUACCAGAUACGGUGCCUCUCUGCGUAAGCAGGUCAAGAAGGCCGAAGUUUCGCAGCACGCCCGCUACAUCUGCACCUUCUGCGGCAAGAACACCGUGAAGCGCAAGGCUGUUGGUAUCUGGGAGUGCAAGGGCUGCAACAAGACCGUUGCCGGUGGUGCCUACACCGUCUCUACCCCCGCCGCCGCUGCCACCCGCUCCACCAUCCGUCGUCUUCGUGAGAUCGUUGAGAUCUAAGCGUGAUACAUGGG